AAGCUUUAGAUGUAGCAUGCAGAUAGUGACGGAUAAAACUCCAUGGUUAGAUUAAAUACGGAACGAAAUGAAUGUUGAUGAUUUCUCUCAAGGCUGAAAGCCAAGAUAAGAUGACAGACUGUUUGGAGCUGAAGUUUAAAAUUAGAGUGUGAGAGAAACUGAUGAGGAGGCUUUAGGACCUUGAGAUUUGCGCUCCUCCCUCUUUUCCUCCUCCUCCACUGAAGGCUGUUUACGAAGAAAGCUUCAGCUCUGACAAAAACAAGGGCUGGGACUGAAGCGAGAAGAGCAGUGUGUCUGAUGCAUAGGCUCCUCACUAAUUUCGAUCCUCCAAUACUUACAAAUUAUUAGUUUUAGAAAAAGGAGGGGGAAAAAAUCACCAUGUUUUCGGUGAAUUCAGUCCGGCAGCUUUCCAAAAUGUUUUUUUCUUUGCACAUUGUUUUUCUGAGCGCGGCCAUCGUGGAAGGCAGCACACCAAGUGGGGGACAAAGAGACUGUGUGAGAUCCAGAGGUUUGUACUACAGAGGAGAACAACAGAGCUCCUCCACAGGUCUGACUUGUCUGAACUGGAUCAAUACAACAAGAGACUAUGAUGUUGAAAUGCACCCAGAUUCACAGACAGGUGCUGGAGAUCACAAUUACUGCAGAAACCCAGACGCCUCUGAGGGGCCUUGGUGCUACAUUGCAGCCCCAGAUGGAACAAUCCAGAGGCAGUUCUGUGCAAUUGAGAUGUGCAAAGAGCAAACAACAGCUGCGCCAGCUGAGGUCGGGUCCCUCAGACCUACAGAGAUCACUUCCUCCACGCAGCGCUUCCAGGCAGCCACGCCAAGUAAACAGAGAGAUGUUGCUGCUGUGCAGCCAGUGAUGGGCGUCAGCCAGAGAGUGAGAACAGGGCCUAAAAAGAAGAAGGACCUGGGAACUACUGGCAUGGUCCUGGGUAGCCUUAUGAUGGCAAUUAUAAUCAUCCUUGGAGUGGGCAUCACACUUGGCUACUUUUAUAAAAGGGGUCAAAACUUGAAGAAGCAGCAUGAGCAGCGGCGGUACGAGCGUGAGAUGCAGAGGAUCUCCCUGCCCCUGUCAGCCUUCUCCAACCCCACCUGUGAGCUCAUAGACGAGAACACCAUCGUGAUCAUGGCCGAGCACGAGACCACCCCGGUCCAGGAGGGCGGAGACCCGCUCAUGGGUCAGCACGCCGGUACUCCUGGAGCAUGAGAGGAGCAUGGAUUCCUCAAACUGGACCAGAACCACUCCCACGUCCCCAUUUCUCCUUUCCGCCUCACUGAGGGAGCUCAAGUUUUAGAAGAGUUGGGGAGCAGCGUCAGCUCCAAAGACUAAACUGUCUGCUGUGUCAUUUGUUCCCCGCUUUAAUCUGUUCAUUUUUUUUUCUCCUUAAUAAGUGAGACACAGAUGUUCUUCAGUAAAACAGACACAGUGGCAACAAACUAGAAAAACCACUAAAGUAUUUUGUUUUCUACAGAACAGUCUAUCCUCAGUUUGAGCUUUAAGUCAAGUGGACUUUGACUACAUCAGUGUUUGUUGGAAAGCGGGUCUUUGUACAAAGAUGACGAUUGGAACGGGGAGAUUUCUGCUAUCUUUUGUUUUUCUUAAAGAGGCAAGUCGAAUUUGUCAGGCUUUGAUUUGCGUGUCCCACUGGCUGUGCCGCGGGAGAACAGAAACAUGUUUAGUACGAAGAGUGUUUUUUGUCUUGCAGACACCACUGACACAGAUGUGUCCAUAAAUAGUCAUGCUCCUCUGUUACAGGAUGCAUCAUGUAAACAACGGAGCAUGAUGCACUGAAGGAAGAGGCCUCCAGCUCUGAAAUUGCCUUAGCAUGAUACGUCUGAAUGUAUCCUGUUUGUUCUGAUAGCGCUCUUUGGCAAACGGAAGAAGACUUGCCCCUUUCAUCCACAGGUUAAGGAGUGACAGGAAAAUACAAGAGUUCUCUCUGUAUGCACGAGACACACUAGUUAGUCCUCAGGGGAAGACAGCCCUGCCACAACACACAACAUAACGAAAGCCUGGAUUCAGUCUCAGCAGGGUAUGACAGUGUGUUGCCUAUAGAUUAGCUUCCUAAAGUAUCAGAGAUGAGUUGUGCAUCUCAGAGUAGACAUUGGGAAUGGAGUAGAGCAGGAACAACCCCACAGUUUGGCGUUUCUUAAAACAGUGAAAAACCUGAUUGCAUGUGCAUGACUAUCUGCUGUAUGUUUGUCAUUCAGGGACCAUAAUGCAUCCCAUUAAACAGAACUGCAGUUUUCAUUAAACAAAAAAACAUGUAUAUAAGUAGAAAUCAUCAGACAGGGAAGGUUUUAGUUUGUUCCUUUUGUUGCACUGUUACUUCCCGAUGGGUUAUUGGUUGUCGUGUGAUCACUCCAGAUGAUCUGGUGUUGUUAGACCUUCACCUGCAAUCAUUGAUUGCUGGUGUUUUUUCUGUUGGCUGUAAUAGGUUUUUUCACAACGUACUAUGAGUACUGAUGUUCAGCAUUUGAUUUUUAGCACUUGUGUGACAUUUGUUGUUGCUCAGACUGAAAUUAAAAACAGACUCUUCAGUGUAA